AUGUCUCAGUCACCUAGUCUAUCUAGUACAUUCAACUCGGUGUUAGAUUUAAGAACAACUAUGUCAUCAGCUGAUCAAAAAGGUUGGGUUGUACAAAAAUUUGGUGGUACAUCAGUUGGGAAAUUUUCCCUAGAAAUAGUGGAUAAUAUAGUAAAAGAAUUUCAAAAACUGAAUAAAGUUGCAGUUGUAUGUUCUGCUAGGUCAUCAAAGACUAAAAGUGAAGGUACAACUUCAAGAUUACUUCGACUGGCUGAUUUAGCUUCUGAUAAUUUAGAUUUUAAUCCUUUAUUGGAUAUUAUACAGGAAGAUCAUAUUACCAAUUGUGGGAAUAAUAUAAAAUCAGAAUUCAUAAAGAAACAAUUAAUAGAAGAUAUUGAAACUGAAAUAAAGCAUGGGAAAGAAUUAUUACAUGCUUGUCAAAUUAUUGGAGAAAUUAGCCCGAGAUCAUUAGAUUCAAUUAUGUCUAUUGGUGAAAAAUUAUCAUGUAUAUAUACGACUGCAUUAAUGAAAGAUCAUGAAUUGAAUGCCGUAUACCUUGACUUGUCGGAUCUAAUACCUAUAAAUUAUGAUUUUAAUAAUGGAUUUGAUGAUUCAUUUUAUAAAUAUUUAUCAAAAGAAAUUGGAGCAAGAAUAGAAGAAGCCACACAAGGUGAUGCGAGUGUUAUACCCGUAAUCACUGGAUAUUUUGGUAUAGUUCCUGGUGGAUUGUUAAAUGGAGUUGGUAGAGGAUAUACUGAUUUAUGUGCUGCAUUAGCUGCAGUAGGAAUUCAAGCAGAUGAAUUACAAAUAUGGAAAGAAGUUGAUGGUAUUUUCACUGCAGACCCAAGAAAAGUACCAAAUGCAAGAUUACUAGAUAGUGUUACACCAGAAGAAGCAGCUGAAUUGACUUAUUAUGGUAGUGAAGUUAUACAUCCUUUUACUAUGGAACAAGUUAUUAAAGCUAAAAUCCCAAUUAGAAUAAAAAAUGUUGAAAAUCCUCAAGGUAAUGGUACUAUUAUAUAUCCAGACAAUAUAGCAAGAAGAGGAGAAGAUACUCCCCCACAUCCACCUGCUGCAUAUGAAACAUUACCAAUAAGUUACAUCACCACACACAAAAGAAGAUCAGCCACAGCAAUUACUGCUAAACAAGAUAUUGUGGUCAUAAAUAUACAUUCAAACAAAAAAACUUUAAGUCAUGGCUUUUUAGCUCAUAUUUUUACUACACUAGAUAAAUACAAAUUAGUUGUUGAUUUAAUCUCCACUUCAGAAGUUCAUGUAUCUAUGGCUUUGCUGGUUCAACCUGAUCAAGAAAUUCAAUUGAAACAUGCAUUAUUAGAAUUAUCUAAGAUGGGAACAGUUGAUGUUACCAAAAAAAUGACCAUUGUGUCACUAGUUGGCAAACAAAUGGUAAAUUUUAUUGGUAUUGCAGGUAAUAUGUUUAAAGUAUUAGCAGAUGAAAGAAUUAAUAUUGAAAUGAUAAGUCAAGGUGCUAAUGAAAUUAAUAUAAGUGCAGUUAUAAAUGAAAAAGAUACAAUACGAGCAUUACAAUCAAUUCAUGCAAAAUUAUUAGAAGGUAAUCAAUUUUAUGAUCAUGAAUCAGCAGUAGAUUCUAGAUUAGAAGCAUUAAAAGUACAAAGUUAA